UAAAAACUCAACUCUAUUGUAUUCUCAAUUCAAAACUCAACACUAUUGUACUAAAAAUAUUGUAUCUUUCAGAUAUAUCUAGAGCUCAGUACCGCAGGAUGGUUAAAGAAUUGACAAUGGUGGCCUUCAAAUGUAUUGAAUGUUCAGCACCUGAUGAAACCACGAGUUUUACUUCACCGAGGGCGGAGAGUACAAGACUGUCUUUACCUGUUGAUCAGACUACAUUCCAUUUAUCCGUUUGCCCUGAUGUCGAUAUGCCAGAAAAUAUCCAGGAAAAUUCAUUGACGGAUGAGUCCAUAGGCGACGAUUUAUCAACAACAGAAGCAAUAGUGACAUACAAGGUCGUGGAUAAUGGUACCGAACGAGGGAAAAGGAAGCUUGUGUCCAGUGACGGACACACCUUUACCAUGAAAAGGCAGAACAAGGGCAGUACUGAAUGGCGGUGUAGUAUUCGCAACAAAACAACCCUCUGUCCAGUUAUUAUAAAGGAACGAGCCGGGACGUACAACGCCAACACAGAGCACUCCCACGCCGCCAAACCAGGAAUAUUGACAGCAGUCAAGAUCCAGGCUGAGUUGAAAGUAAAGGCACCUAUGACACUCUUCGAGCCAGCACAAAAUAUUGUUGAUAAUAUCCUAGCUGAGCAUGUGGAUAACAGAGAACCAGAGGCAUCCAGACCCAUUUAUUCGAACCUGCUUCGAUAUUGUAAUCGGUUCCGACAAAAAGAGAGACCAGCUGAUCCAACAGAUCUUGAUUUUGAGAUCAAUGAAGAGUUUUUGGCAACAGCUAUUCCGGAGGUGUUUUUACAGAAAGACAUACACACAAAAGAUGGCCGACACCUACUUUUUGCCACAGAGAAGCAAAUUGAACUUCUUGGAAAAGCUAAGACAUGGUAUAUAGAUGGUACUUUUAGAAUAGUAAACAAACCAUUUUACCAGCUAUUGUCAAUCCAUAGUUUUUUAAAAUCUGGUGAAAGUAUCAAGCAAGUUCCCUUGGCGUUUGUACUGAUGUCAGGAAAGUCUAAAAGAGACUACAAGAAGGUAUUCAAGGCCAUCAUGGAUAUGACACCAUCAGCCCCUGCAGUGCAGGCUUUUGUUGCAGAUUUUGAGGCAGGGAUCUGGCAGGCUUUAAGGUCAGUUUUCGACAACCCAAGUAUACAUGACUGUGCGUUCCAUUGGGGUCAGGCGGUUUGGAGAAAGAUCCAAGAAAACAGACUUCAGGUAUGUUACUUUUGA